ACCUCUUCUGAUUCAGAUUUCUCUGCUAAUUAAUUUCAACUUUUUUUUAUUUUACAGAUCAUAAGUCCAUUUUCUUUCAUUUAUUCAAACUAGCCAUGAACUCUAUUUGGUUGCUUCAAUCCCAAUUCAAACCCUGCAUAUAUCCCAUCAAAAACCAAAAACCAAAAACCAAAAAAAAAAACAAAUCUCAAUUUCUAAACAUGAAGUUGAAUCCUUGCUUCCUCUGCCAAAAACUGGUGUCUCUUUUCCAUGCUAUUUCCUUAUUUCUGACCUAUUUUUUCUCCUAUUUUUCCAGGUGUUUUAACUUCAUUAAAUUUAUUCUCUCUUUUCUGUUUGUUAACUGUAACACUUGGUUGAAAAAGUCGGCAAAGAAAGAUGUACUAUUUCUGGAGGCAGGGCGUGGAGAUGAAAACGAAUUGGAGCUGCUGCAUUUGAAAUUCAAGUUUCCUUCAUUUGAUGAGUUCAGAAGAAUCAGUACUGACGUGAAAGAUGAUUCCUGCAAUCUUAAACUCUCAUCCUCUGCCUUGAUUGAGGUACUUACCACUUUCCCUCUAAGACACAUCGAUGAAGACGCUGAGCUUGAGCCGAGAGAGGAAGAAGCAACUCCCGAGUUCAAUGUUAAUUUACUUCUACAACAUUCUGUUGACGAGUCUGAGAUGAGCAGUGAUGGAGGAUCUUUAGAUAGUGAGAGCUUUGGAGAGGAUAAGGAAUCUUUGAUGUUUUUAGGUGAGAGCAAGAAAGUAGAAGAAGAGCAAAGUUUUGAGAAAGAUUUUAAUGUGAAUUCAAGUGGUGAAGGAUUUGUGUCAGUAGAUGAUAUGGAGACAAAUAAUGGGGAAUUGGAAAAAGAGUGUAGUCCUUUUGAGAAUGAUGGAGUCACAAACAAGUUGGAGUGUUUAUGGGAGCAUCAAGAGCUGAUUGAGCAGUUGCAGAUGGAGCUUAAGAAGGUGAAAGCCACAGGUUUGCCUACCAUUGUGGAGGAGUCCGAGACGCCUAAGGUCAUCGAUGACUUGAAGCCGUGGAAGAUAGACGAGAGCGACGAAAUGCAGCAUCGAGAUUGCAUUGCUGAGCUUCACAAGAGCUACAGAGAAAUGAUGCGUAAAUUCGAUAUCCUCAACUACCAGAAGAUGUAUGCCAUGGGUUUUGUGCAGCAGAAUGAUCCAUUCCAACAAAAAGUGAAGCCAGCCCCGGUGCUAAAGUCCCUAGUCUCGAAAAAGCUUUGGACGUCGAAACAUAAAAAGCAGGGCAGCUGCCCAAUGAAGAAGCUGAUGAAUGAGCUGCAGGGCGAUGUGGAAGUGGUGUACGUAGGUCAGAUGUGCCUGUCGUGGGAAAUCCUGCAAUGGCAAUACGAGAAGGCCUUAGAGCUAUGGAACUCUGAUCCACACAGUGUCCAUUGCUACAACGAGGUGGUGGCCGAGUUCCAGCAGUUUCAAGUUCUCCUUCAAAGGUUCAUAGAAGACGAGCCCUUCCAGGGGGGGCGAGUGCAGACCUAUGUCAAGGCUCGAUGUGUUCUCCGCAAUCUUCUCCAGGUUCCUCUCGUAAGAGGUGACAACGCGUCUCUUAAUCUGAUUCUGUCGCGUCUCUCUAUGUCUCACCUCAUUACUGACUUUAGACGAAUGGUUUUGGCAGAGGACGACACAACGAAGGAGAGGGACGAGUAUGUGAUCAGUAGUGAAAUGCUGGUAGAGAUGCUUGAAGAAUCAAUACGCAUAUUUUGGGAAUUCGUUCGAUCGGACAAGGAUUGUGGCUUUGCGCCGUUGCCUGUCCUUGAUAGCCCUCAAGACCUCAAGAUGUUGAUGCAGCUGCGAAGAAUUCUUCAAAAGAAGGAGAGGAAGGUGAAGGAUAUAUUGAGGAGUGAGAAGUGCAUAUUGAGGAGAUUCCAAAAGCAAAAGAGGAGGGGAGAUGAGGAAGCUCUUCAUUUUUUUGCACAAGUAGAUGUGAAAUUAGUGUCACGAGUUUUAAGAAUGUCGAGAAUUAGUAGGGAGCAAUUGAUUUGGUGCGACGACAAGUUGAGUAGGAUUAGCUUUGUUGGCACCAAAAUCUACGUCCAACCUGCUUUUUUGCUAUUUCCAUGUUGAAUCAUUUUCUACUGGGAUAGAAUUUGAUCUUAUCUAGUAUUUGCAUGCGUAAUUGUUGGUUGUUUAAAAGUUCAACAUUUAAACAAGAGGGUUAUAGAAAUUAUUGUUGAAUAUGUAUGUAGUUGAGUACAUUUGUGUUAAUAGUAUGAGAUUUAUUGAACAACUCUUACAAAA